AUGAAUAACACUGUGACUGAAUUCAUUCUCUUUGGGUUGACUCAGGAUGCAGAUGAGCAGAAAGUAAUAUUUGGGAUCUUCCUGAUUCUUUACCUUUUGACUCUGCUGUGGAAUCUUCUCAUUGUGGUGACCAUUAAGACAAGUGUGACCCUUGGGGGUCCCAUGUACUUCUUCCUAUCCUACCUGUCCUUUGCUGAUGCCUGCUUUUCUACAACUACAGCCUCCAGACUCAUUGUGGAUGCUCUAUCCCAAAAGAAGACUAUUUCCUACAAUGAGUGUAUUAUUCAGCUCUUUGCAUUCCACUUAUUUGGGUGCAUGGAGAUCUUUGUGCUCCUCAUCAUGGCUUUUGACCGUUAUGUGGCCAUUUGUAAGCCUUUGCAAUACACAACCAUCAUGAACCGGCGUGUUUGUGUUGUGCUGGUGAUUCUUGCCUGGAUAGGAUUUUGUAUCCAUUCUUUAGCACAGAUUUUCCUGGCUUUGAAAUUGCCCUUCUGUGGUCCCAAUGUGAUUGAUCACUAUUUUUGUGCCUUGCAGCCCUUGAUGAAAAUUGCCUGUAUGGACACUUAUAUGAUAAAUUUGCUAGUUGUGUCCAAUAGUGGGGCCAUAUGCACAGUGAGUUUUAUAAUCUUGCUUAUGUCCUAUGCUGUCAUUCUAUACUCUCUGAGAAACCACAGUGCAGAAGGAAGGCUAAAAGCUCUUUCCACUUGCACCUCCCACUUUCUUGUGGUUGUCAUAUUUUUUGGUCCAUGUAUACUCAUAUACACACGACCACAAACCACAUUUCCAGUGGACAAGAUUGUGGCUGUGUUUUAUGCAAUUGGGUCACCCUUGCUUAAUCCUCUGAUCUAUACACUGAGGAAUGCAAAAGUGAAAAAUGCCAUGAAAAAGCUGUGGUGUAAAAGAAAUUAUGACUUUGAUUGA